GAGAGAGAGAGAGAGAGAGAGAGAGCGAAGCAGCAGGGAAACGCAUACAUACAUGUACGUAUACGGUCUACCCCAUUUUAUCUAUCCCACCACUCCAUCUCACGUCUCCUUUCCACCUUCAGUCUCCUGUAGUGUAGCCAUCUCUUUCCCUUUCCCCCUCUCUCUCUCUCUCUCCCUCUCUCUCCAUUGAGUAGGCUUUUUGAUUUUCAAUUCCCUUGUCUGUCAACUCACAGAGGGGAAGAAGAAACAUUUUAGAACCUUCACUUCCCACCAGAAUAGCCCCUCUCUCUCUCUCUCUCUCUCUCUAUACCCUCUCUCCAUCUCUCUUCAAUGGCCCAGCUGGAUCAGAAUUUAUGUGUGUGAAGGGAAGAAACGCACAAAAAAAGAAAGAAAAGAAGAGAGGAGAAAGAAAGGAAGAAAGAUGAGACGAGAGAGGUGGACAAAGAGAGAAAGACAGAAAGACAUAGAGAGAGGGGUCUUCUCUGAUGUCCUCCCACCCAACCAAAAAACCAAAACCCACCACCACCACCUUCCUUCUCUCUUUCUCUUUCUCUGUCUCUCCAUAAUCGUUUGCCACAAUUGCCCUUCUGCUCUGCAACCCCAUCCCACCUCCCCCCCCAAAAAAAAAAAAAAAUCAAUCGAACCCACCUCUCAAUUCUUCCUUCCUCUCACUGUCUCUGAAUUCCUCCAAAGGACAUUUUUUUUUCUUUUCCUAACAAAAUUUUCACAAAAAACACAACCUCAUCCCUUCCUUCCCCUACUACGCACCAUGUGGGGCGUUUUGGGGUUUCUUCUCUUCUUUCCUCUUUCCCUUCCCCUUCCCUUUCCUUCUUUCUUGUGUUUGGGUCAGAGUUCUCUCAGAGAAAACAGGGAAGAAAGAGAAGAGGCGAGGAGAGAGAGAAGGAAACGACAUCUUCCCCUCCUUCCCCUUCCCCUGUCUAUUUCUCCAUCCAUCCGUCGCCCCCUUUCCUCCCUACCCUUUAUCGUCUCUGCACAUACCAUAUAUUGUCUCAGCUCCGCUCCCCAGAGAGCCUCGACACCGUCUCAAUUCAAUAGAUUUCUGGGGUUCGGUUUUUCCUCUGAUGAAGAAAUUGAAAGGGGUUGCUUCCAUGGAGCCAUCUUCAAACCCUACGGCCUUCGAAGAUCCGCGGGCUAGGUUUAAGUUCCAGAUCCUCUUGCAGGACUACCAAGACCUAGAAAAGGAAACAGAUGCCAUGAAAAAGAAGAUGCAGAUGAUGAAACAAAGGAAAAUGACCCUGCUGGCCGAAGUGCGAUUUUUGAAACGGCGAUUCGAGUUCUUGACAAAGAACAACUCUUUGCAUCUCAAGCAGUCGCAAAAUCCUGUGAAAGGGAAACCCAGAAUUUCAGAAAUGCAAAGCAAACAGAUUGCAAAGAAAAGAAAUUAUCCUACAAAGGGAGCAGUCACUGGGUUUGAAUCUAACAAGAAGUCAAGGAUUGGGAAUACAAAGAAAGCAGCAUCAGAAAUCCCGAAGCCUCGGCUAACACAAAAGCCUGCUAAGGGCAAAGGAAUGGCAUAUCGGGAAUUUUCACCAGUGUUUGAUUUGAAUCAGGGGGAUGUGGUUUCAAUUCCCAUGCUAAACUCUGGUUCGGUUUUUGAGUUGAACCAGAAGGAAAGACCUCAGUCAGCUAAGGAAGCAUCUGUGCUAAGUCGUGCUCCUGUCUUCGACUUGAAUCAGAUCUCGAGAGACGAGGAAGAGUUGCAGAACAAUACCGAGUUUGUGGGGAUGGAAGAAGCAAGAAGAAGCUCAAUUUUGGGUGGGAGUGAGGAACAGCUUAACAGUGUUAAGCUACCGGGUUGUAGGACUGUCGGGAAUGGAUCGAAAGCAGGGAAACGGAAGAUUACAUGGCAAGACCAGGUGGCCUUGAGAGUAUAAGGAUUCACUAGAUGCUGUACUAGUGAUUACUGUAGAGAUCAUUGUCCUUUUAGCUCUUUCCAUAGGAGCCUUGUAAAAGUAAAGAAAGGGUUGAUAUCAAAUGUAUGAACAUUGGAUAUAGGCCUGAUAGGAUGAAUUUCUUUCCUAGGUAAUGAAAAGAUUAGUUAAAUGGAAAUUGAGCUCCCAGAGCUUCUCAUUUUCACUUCA